UCUCUUGUAAAUCACCAGCUUAUAAAAAUGUAGAAAAAGUUAAAGAUAAUUUACAUAGACAAAUAAACGGUGAUGGAACCACAAAGGAAGAUGCAUUUACCGCAGAAAUUGAACAAGUACUCGACACAAGAUUGGAAAAUGUACAGAAUUUGGAAAAAAUAAAUUCUUAUGGGCAAGAAAAUAUUGACAAUGGAAUUGUUCACAAGAUAAACAAUGUAGUAAAUACUUCCCUAGAAAUUCCAGUACAAGACAAUGAUAAAAGUAGAAACCCAGAAGAGAUUAAAACAUUGGCAGAUAAUAAUCAAAAUAAAACAAAUAUUUUGAGUAAAAGAAGCUUGGAAAGAAUUCAAAAGGAUUUGUCUAACGAAAAGAAACAGAAGAGAGAUUUGGAAGAGAAGUUGCAAAGUGCCAAAGAACAUUUAAUUAAGUUGAAGGAAGAUAGCGAACAGGAAAUUUCUAACUUGAAAGAUGCAUUAAAAAAAGCAGAAGAAGAACUUGUGCUAGCAAAAAAUGAAACUAACACAGCUACAGCUGAGAGAGACAAAUUGUCAGAAGCUAUGUCAAUACUGAAAAAGGAAAUGAAUAAUGUCAUUGACAAGAAUGCAUCUUUGUGCUGCGAAUGCCAGAAUUUAAAAUUUAAAUUGCGGACAGCUUCUGAAUGCGAAAUGAGAACUUGCACAGUCGUUCAAGAUGAGGUUAACGGUAUAAAAAAUAUAUUUAAACAAAAAGAAGAGAUUCUUCAGGCAGAAAUAAUUGAACUGAAAGGAUUGAUUGCAGAACUCACAAAUGUUACAAAAAUACAAGAAAGAAGAAUAUGUGAAUUAACUAAUAUUUGUAAAAAACAACAAUGCAGUUUACGUAACAAAAGUAAAACGAUUACUGAGAAGGAAUCUAAACUAUCUGAAAUGCAAUCACUACUGAAGUCAUAUAGUUACAAAUGCACCGGAAUGCAAAAUGAUAUUGAAAAUUUAGAAUCCACUUUAAAUAAGGAAUCAGUCACAUGCAAUAAUUUAAAAGAGGAAUUAGAACGUUUUAAGGACGAUUAUAAUUGUAUGUUAAAUAUUAAAACUAAAAUUAUAGAAGAACAAGAUGAAACAAUAAAAAAGCAGAAACGUCUAUUACAAAAUAGUGAAAUUAUGGCUCAACAAGCUGCAUCUGAAUUUGAAGAAAUUAGAAACGAAUUAGUUCACGAAAAAGAAACAUGCGAAUCUUUAAGAAUUGCAUUAAUUACUAUGGAAGCACAAUUAAAUGAAAAAUAUAAUAUUGAGUGCAAGAACUGUCCAAAUUUAAUAGCAGAACUAAAUUUGUUAGAACAACAAAAGCAAAAAGCAUUAAUUGCAGCGAAGGAAGCUUUACAGAAACUAUGUGCUUCUAUACGGCAUUAUCAAAGACAAUUGAACUUUGAAAGACAACAAUGUAAAUUUCUAGUAUUAAAAUUAAAAGAAAAGCAGGAAGAAGUUGAAUACAUUAUGAGAGAAUUUGCUUACAGAAAAAAAACAACUGUGCGCAAAUCAAGUGACUUUUUAUUCUAA